UCAUCAAGAAACACACAGGUUUCAGCGUAUGUUUGUGACCUAUGGUGCAUGGAUGAAGGGUUUCCAAUUUUGUAGACCUAUUCUUUUCAUUGAUGCUACAUUCAUUACCAACAAGUACAAGGGGCAGAUUAUUGCUGCAUCGGCAAAGGAUGCCAAUCAAGGCUUGUAUCCAGUUGCUUAUGCUAUUGUCGAUUCUGAAAAUGAGAGUAAUUGGAGAUUUUUUCUUGAGGUUUUGGCUGAAGAGUUUGCAAAACACCCUAUGAGGAGGGUGACGUUCAUUUCUGAUCGUCAUGUUGGGCUUCUUAGUGCUUUCCCUAGUGUGUUUCCCAAUAAUCCACAUGUGUUUUGUUUUAGACAUCUGAUGGCUAACCUUUCUGACAAAUUUCCAGCUGGUUCUUACCUUAAGGAUCGGAUUCCUUACUUGUUUAUGUGUUGUGCUUAUUCUCGCACACCGGAGAUGUAUGAGUUCAACAUGGAAAUCUUGAGGAGUGAAGGUGGCGACAUAGUUGCUCAAUUUCUGGAGGAUCUUCUGAAGGAGAACUGGUGUAUGGCGUACUUUAACGGCGAAAGAUUUGGUGAAAUGACAAAUAACUUGGCUAAGUCUUUCAAUAAUUGGGUGUUGCCUUUGAAGAGUCUUCCUAUUCUUGAUAUUAAUGAUGGGAUUAGAGUGAAGUCCAUGGCUUCAAUUGCUGCUCGGAAGCAGGAUGCUCAAGAAUGGUUCUCUGAGUUGUGCCCGGUGAUUGAAAAGAAGCUGAAGGAGAAUUUGGAUGUCGGAAGGCAUUGGAGAGUGAGCAGAUCUGAUACCUAUGUGUAUGAAGUUCACUGCCAGAAGUACAAUAGCAUGGUAAAUUUGGAAACUCACUUUUGUUCUUGUGGAGAAUGACAGCUGUAUGGCUUCCCAUGUUCCCAUGCCCUUGUAGUGAUCCAACAACAUGGUUCUUCCCCGUAUUUGUAUGUCAAUGAGCUGUACAAGGUGGAGAAAUAUCGAGAAACUUAUUCUUUCCCAAUUAAUCCUCUUCCCUCUAUUUCGAAGCAAGUGCAUGAUUUUGGUAGAGAUGCGGUGAUGUUGCAGCCUCCUUUGACUAGAAGACCACCGGGAAGGCCUAGAAAGAAGAGGUUCAAAAAAAGGAGCGAGCAAACCAGGGUGAUCAAGUGUGGUAGGUGCGGAAAAUGUGAUGGUCACAACAGAAAGAGUUGUACAGCUCCGAUAUAGGUUCUAUUCUGCUUACAUGCCUUUAACAGUGACAUGGCAAGUAACAUAGCAAGUGACUCCAAUACAGUUUGAAGUUUUGUUUUGAUUUUUCAUUUUUUUCAAUAAAUGAUAAGAAGUGCUUACUCAUUGGAAUUUUUUUGACUAUGAGACAGUGUAUCUGCU